AUGCAGGUCAGGAAGAUCGAUACCAAACGACUUUACGCUUUGAAGUAUAUUCGAAAAGCCAAUAGUAUUUCCAGGUUAUGCUUGUUUUCACCAUUCGUACACCUUUUCGCUUACCUUCAAGGGGAGCAGCGUUUCGAUAUUAAUAGGUCGAGAUUCUACAUUGCUGAACUUCUUUGCGUAUUGGAAACAUCAGGACAUAUUACCAUUCGUGGUUUCGGUCUCUACAAGUUAGAGAAGGACGAGGAUUGCACUACUACAUUCCAUGGAACGCUAGAGUAUCCAGCUCCCGAAUUGCUCCUUGGCCAAGGUUAUACAGAGGCAGUAGAUUUGUGGACAUUAGGAGCUUUCCCCUAUGAAAUGUUGACCGGGUUAACCACGUUCUACGACAAGGACACUCAUGAAAUACACCGCAAGAUCCUCUCUAAACCCCUCUACUUUCCCGGUCUAGAUAUGUUUCCUUGUCCGCUAAGGAUAUGCGGUUAA